CCUGCGUCCGGACGGUACGCCGCCGCUGGACCGGGCCAGCGGGCGGGCGGAACCGGGCCGGUGGGGCUGCUGCGGGGCUACCGGGCCCCGCCAUGGAAUGUCGGGUCCGGCCUGAGUUCCAGCCUUGUUGAACCAGCCAGCACAAGAGCUUCCGGUCAAGGAAGCCCCUCCUAGGCACUGACCAUGUCUAUUAUGGACCACAGCCCCACCACCGGUGUGGUCACCGUCAUUGUCAUCCUCAUCGCCAUCGCAGCCCUUGGAGCCCUGAUUCUAGGCUGCUGGUGCUACCUGCGGCUGCAGCGCAUCGGCCAGUCAGAGGACGAGGAGAGCAUUGUGGGUGAUGGUGAGACCAAGGAACCCUUCCUGCUGGUGCAGUACUCUGCCAAGGGACCCUGUGUGGAGAGAAAGGCCAAGCUGAUGACUGCCAACGGCCCAGAAGUGCAUGGCUGAUAUGAGCUGCAAGACCCUGGUCCGGUCUACAGCCAGCCUCAAGACACUGAGAGAGAACCACGGGCAUGCUGCUGAGCAGAAGGGCUGACAUUGCUGGCAUGGCCUCGGUGGGCUCCAUCAUCGCAUGCACUGACUCUGGGUCCCGGCCGCCCUAGGCUUCCCCUCAGCCUCCUGGUGGGGGCUGCCCAUUGCUGGCAGUGGGCAGGCCUGGCCUUGCUGGAGCUCAUAGCUCCUUUACGCUUUUGUUACUUGAAUGUUUAGCUGAGCCUGUUUUUGAUGGAGCUACUACUGUAACGCGUGAACUAACCAACCUGUGAACUGUAAAUAGGCCCCGGAAGCACGUGCUUAAGCCUCUCUGCUGAUUUUUACUACGAUGUAGAGCCCAUGGAACGGGUUCUGGUCCUCAUGAGGGGCCCAGGCAAAACACCCUGGGGGAACCUUGGUCUCCUCAAGUCCAGGCUAUACCUGGCAGGAUUGCCAGUGUCUUUCUGUCUGUCCGUGUGGACAGGAAGUGGGAGGUCAGUUUUGUGUCUCAUGGCUGGCCAGCUGGGGCGCUCCAGUGAUUUCUGCUUGGUUAGUGAUGGGUAGAAGGAGGACCAAGCCUCUCCCUUGCCCCAGACAGACUGUUCAACAGCAGAGCUGGUGAUGGCAGAAUGACUGCAAGGACGCUACCACAUGUGCCUGGGAGCUGGUGAAGGACAGUGAGGCAUGAGUCCUGAGGCUGCCGGGUGUGGUGGUAGCAGAGCAGUUUCUUGCCCUUUUGGUCUCAAGCAUGCUGAGCACACCUGUAGUGCAGGCUUUGCUGAAUUGCUAUCCUUAUGAAACUCCAGAUGGCUACUUUUAGUUUGAAACCUGAUUGGCCCAGGAGAGAGGUGUCAUCUUGUUUCUGUAUUUAAUAUUUUCUGCACUGGAGGGGUGGAGUCUGGUCCCCCCUCUUCCUCUCUCCGUAGCUUCCUCUUUUGAUGACUACCCACCUGCUGGGUAGUGGAGCUCACUUUUCUCCAUCCUGGCUCUCCGCAGGCUGAGUCCUCGGAUCUGGCUGUCGGGCAUCAGGUGCCCGUGGGAGGUUGCCACUGUGUGUAUUCACACGGGAGCCGCAGGUGCUCCCUGCCAGUCUGGGCAUGGUGCAGGAGUAGGAGGGGGUAGGAGGGGGUAGCUCCCUGCAGAACCAGCCAUGAAGCAUCCCCGUGGGCAGUCAUUGAGCUUGCUUAGGUUUUUAAUCCCCCACUGUAAGCACAUUGUAAACGGUCAUGACUAAAACAUGACCUAGGUCGGGAUCCUGGGUAAAGAGCCUGCCUGAGGCCAGCCCCGCUUUUCCGUGGCUGAGCACUGGCUCUUCCUGCUGGAGCUGCCUGCCGGCGCAUGGCAUGUGCAAGCUGGGGGCCCCUUUUCUGAAAAGCAUGCUCAACAAUGCACUUCCUGGAGCCCCAGGGGAGCUGAAGGGCACUAUGGCACCACACACCUGAACUGGGGGAGUCGGGCAUUAAGUAGCAGAUGGGGUGAGUAGGGGGAGCUAAUGAAGAUGGGGCAUGAAGCACCACAAGGAACUGCCCUGGUCCCUGACAGCAUGGGCUGGGAGUGGCAACUGGCCUAGGAGCAAGUGCAAAGGCCUGAAGGUUGGGGAAGGUUUGCUCUGCCCUCAAAGAGGCUAAGGUACGUGGUCAGUCCCCAUCCCACAGUAGACCCUCCAGGCUUUCUACCUCUACUCUGGAAGCUAGCCACAGAACACAGGCUAUGUGUCCUUCUGCUCCCAGCUUAACCAUCCAGGAGCAGUGGGAGUCUGACCCUGUCAGUCAGUGGUUCAGCCUGUGCCAGUGAAGUUUCCUUUUGGAUUGCCCACGCUUCCCUUUCCCAUCAGUUAAGCUUUUGGAGCUUUCUCUCCUCCCCAGAGGCCAGGACCAUGUUGGGAGCCCGGGGCCGGCCCAUUGGUGUGGGUGGCGCGUUGAGGCACUGGGGUGACAGUGUCUCUGGAUUGGCCUACCGCCACCACACAAUAGCGCUCCUGUUCUUACUCACCAAUGGCUAUGUUUCUAGCAGACAUCAGAGCCACACACUUCAGUGGCUUAGAGUUAUGGCCUCUCUUGGAGUCCGUUCUCAAUAGCCCAACUGUUGCAUUCAAGUUUCCCAACUCAUCAAGGAAUUGACCUUUCAUCCUACAUGUCGUAUCACACGAGAGCAACGGGAAGGGGUGGGGAGGGACCCGACACUGAGCCGCUAUGACAUGGACUGACUUCUCACACUUCUUCCAGUGGACUGUGCUACUGUUUUUGUCUCAAGCUACCAAGUUUGUGCAAUAAGUGAAAGGGAGGCUUCCCUGUUCAAUAAAAGUUCAAUGGCAUUCAAGUCCA